CUUCCGGUUGCCGGAGUUGUGAGUGACUAUUUAGGAUGAUGUCACAAUGAAGGUGGGUUCUCCGACACCCUAUAUAUAGCGGGGCUCUGUCUGUGGGGUUUACUGAGGGAGCAGAGCACCAAGAGCCCAGUGCAGACCAGACAGCCACGUCCGCCAUGAAGAUAACAGGGGCCGUUCUGCUCUUCGCUCUGGCACUUUGCUGCUUCUACUCAGAUGCUGCUGGCCAGGCUGGUAAGGGUUUCUGCAGUGAGUACAAGGAGCCUCCGAAAGGCUGCACCAGGGAGUACAACCCUAUCUGUGGCACUGAUGGCCAGACAUAUGGCAACAAAUGUGACUUUUGUUCAUCAGUCUAUGAAUACCUUGGAAGUCUUUGCUUUGCGCAUUAUGGAGAAUGCAAGUCGCAAGACGAGGCCAAGGAAAGAGAAGACCUUUAGCAUUUAGUUCCCAUCAGCAGAUCCCUGCAUGGAGCCACAGUCUCAUCUCAUCCUCCAUUUGCAGGGCUCCUGA